AUGGACUUGGAGCAGAUCGUCACGCCCUUGGCGAGCUUAGUGGCCAGCACCCGGCACUGCCUGAUGAUCUCCACUGGCUUGGUGGCAAUUGCCCUGCUGUCCGCCACUUUUGGCAUCCCGGAGUCAUGGACGGCUGAGCAGUAUCGGCCCAUCUUUCCCAACUUGAAGCCGGGAAGGUUGUUCCAGAUGUCGGGGAUCAUCGUGCAAAAGAAAUACCGCGCCCUCUCGCUGCUGAUGCUGGUGAGCACCAGCGUCCACGCUGGGUGCGGCGGCAUCUUCCUCUACUACGUGAAGAUCAGAUUCGGAGCUACCAUUCGAGAUCUGGCUCCCAUAAUCUUCCUCAACGGCAUCAGCGGUGCCCUUGUUCAAGUUCUGCUGGUCAAGCACCUGGACCGAUGGCUGGGAUUGAAAGGCGUGAUCCUCUUGGGCUACGUCUUUGGUGCUCUAAACUGCGCAGUGCUCAGCUUCGUGCCCACCUUUCACUGGCUCUACGUCCUUGUCCUCACCACAGGCUUGGGUAUCAUCUUCACUCCAGCCAUCCAGGCGGUGUACCUUAAUGCCGCCUCGCCCGCUGAGAUGGGCCAAGUCCAAGGAGCCAUGAACUCGAUCUUCACUCUUGCCGGUGGCAUCGGCCCUGCGAUAUUCAGCUGGCUGAUGACUUCCUUCGAAGCUCCCCACUUUGGGCUGACGAAGAGUAUCUACUGUGUACCCUACCUCUUGACGAUUCUGUCGAACGCCAUCUGCAGCAUGGUGGUGAUCGCGGCUUCCUUUCCGGAAGCUGCCAAUCGGGGUAGCGCGGAGGUGCAAGUUGAGUGCGCCGAUGCUUAG